AUGCCGAGCGUCGUCUGGGAUCUCAUCGAGCCGGGCUUGCAAAAGUUCAAGCUCUACACCCCACCCGAUCCUACCUACGGGAGGUAUCUCACGAAGCCAUGGGCGCCCGAACAGGCUCUGGACAAUAAUCCUACCAUCAGGACUAGACGACGACGAGUCUUUUUGCACGGACGGGCAGCCCCGGAUAGUGUGGAUAUCGAAUUUGCUGAAGAUAUCACCUUGGUGCCUGAAGAGUUGAGCAAGGAGCGUAUCAGAGGAGGAAGAUGGGUGUAUUACAAGUCGUGGGAGAUGCAAGAAGAGAGUUUGACCAGCAAGGAAGGGCUUGGGGUGGAUAUUCUACUCGUUCACGGUCUGAAUGAAUAUGGGCGAGUUGCGGAUGCUCGAUACGCUCCUCACUGCCGUUAUUUCCUCGAGAAGGGCUUCAGGGUCAUCGUCCCGGAUCUUCCCAGCUACGGCCGUUCUACCGGAAUCCACUCGAACUUGACCGACGUUCAUCUGUUGACGGCUGCCGUUUACGUCGUGGCCAAAGAUCUGAUUGAAGUGGACAUCGCUGAUGGCAGGAAACAACGGGAAGUCUUCCUCACUGGCGCGUCGAUGGGAGGUUGGACCGUUCUCUAUUAUAUCAUCACCUAUCCUCCUACUUCAGACGUAGAGAAGAUCAUCUCGUCCGGCUCGGGUAGCGGCGUGGGGGAUCAGCCGGCCGAGCCUAAGAAGGAGUAUCGGCCCAAGAUCGCCGGAGCUAUGGUGCUGUGUCCUCUCGUUGAAGUCGCUGCCGAUUCUCGACCGAACGCUUUGGUCGAACUCGCUGCCAAAGCUCUCGUUAAGGUUGCUGCCAGCUUGCCCAUGGCGGAAGCUGUGAGAGGCAAAGUCAGCGACGAUCCUAGGGUCGAACGAGAGUUCGGCGAAGAUCCCCUUACCUACCACGGAAAGCUUCGAGCGUCGACCGGGUUGUCUCUCUUGCACGGAUUCACCGAAUUACAGAAGAAGGCCGAAAUGAUCAAGCUGCCCAUUCGAAUGAUCCACGGAGACAAGGAUCGAGCGACAUCGCAUCUCGCCACCAAGGCCUUUUACGAGCGCAUCAGCAGUCCGGAGAAAGAGAUCAAGAUCUACGAGGGGUACGAGCAUGUUAUGACCAAGGUCGGGAUCGACGAGGCGGACGAUGCGAAACGCCAAGCCGUCAUCAAAGAUUGGGUCGGGUGGAUGUGCAAACGAGCUACAAUGGAUAGGGAGAAGGCCGGAUCGGCUUAGUCUCAACAUCCAUUAUGAUGAUGGCGAACCCCCCCCCCCAGCAUGUUCGUGAUGGAGCGAGGAACCGAAAUCUAAAGAGCUCAAACCCGAGUCCGGUUGAACAUUGUAGCAAUCCUUGCACUUUCAGCAUUCUGCGAUGUAUAUAAUCUAAAGCUUCGCCAUUGACCACGUUCCAUGCCAUCACUUGUAUAUCCGAGCGUCCAUUCACCACUUUGCAACCUGGCGAAUUGCUGGUGUUUUUCGCUUCCAUGCAAUGAAAGCCAAGACAGCAUAACAACCCCUGUUUGGACAGAUAGGGGCCUUUGAUGCAAGCCGAGUACAUACCUGUGAGGAAGGCGAGGGGGUGUGAAUUCAUGAAAGGAAGGCUUGUCUUGCCAUAUCUUUCAAGAGCGCCAAAGACAAAUUGGUCCCCCCUUGUACUCUUCAAAUAUCUCUUCAAGGACGGC